GCAGUUUCCACCUCCACAAGGCCAUUACUUCUCCUUGACCCUCCCCUUAUCUUUCUUUUCAACUCUCAAGCUAUACACAAUGACUUACGCCCAUCUUUGGUGGGAGAAGACAUCCGCUUCCGAGGCUCUUACCUCACCGACAUGGUCAUGGUGUGACAUCGUGUGCAAUGGAAGAGCUACCCGGCCAGUCACUGAGUACCUUGUACCUAACUACCUACACACUGAAUGGUAGCUAGGUACAUUACCACAAUUAUGCGAGGGAAGGGAGUUCCGCUUCGUGUGCUUGACUGACAUGAUCGCGUGCCUGGUCUCGAAUUCUUCAAUUUAUACUAACAAUUAGGUUGCUAAACUAUUGUCUCGCACUGAACACAGCCCAACUUUGAUCGCCAUUCAGACAAGAUGCCUCCGUACGUUUCACGGACUGCUCUGCUGCGGAAUCACCUCGUUGCAGCAACCAGUGUAGGAAGACGAUAUGCUCACAGUGCUUCUAGGACCCUUCCAAUAUUCUCUUUGGAGGGCAAGACCUGUGUUGGUAAUGCUUCCCAAGGUCUGGGAUCCCAAAUCCUAGCAGCUUUCGCUCUGUCCGGCGCCAAAGGAGCUGUCGUCGACCUGUCCCAGGACUCUGCCGAAUCGACCGUUGCCGACCUCAAAAAAGAAGUCAAGGAAGCGGGAUUACAGGAGCCGGACAUUAAAGCUUAUGAGUGCGAUACCUCCUCCGAAGAGAUGGUCACCAAGACAUGGGACGAAAUUGUCAAGCACUUCAAGAGAGUGGACGUACUGGUCACAAACGCUGGCGUCGCUGGCGGUGCCGCGGCUGAAGAGUACGACUUCAAAGACUGGCAAAAGAUACUCGAUGUCAAUGUGAAUGGCACCUUUCUGUUUGCUAGAGCUGCGGGCAAACACAUGAUUGAGCAGAAAAUCCCAGGCAGCAUCAUCAUGAUCGGCUCAAUGUCUGGCAGCAUUGUCAACAAGCCUCAGAAGCAGAGUGCUUACAAUGCGUCCAAAGCUGCCGUCAAUCAUAUGAUGCGCUCAUUUGCAACUGAAUGGGGUGAGCAUGGGAUCCGCGUCAACGCCUUGUCUCCAGGCUACAUCCAAACAGCAAAGACUCAAGGAGACGAGAUGGAGGCCCUUAGCAAGCAAUGGGUUGACAUGAUUCCUCUGCACCGCAUUGCGAAGCCCGAUGAAUUCAGAGGAACAGUCGUGUGGAUGGCCAGCGAUGCCUCGUCGUAUUUGACAGGAACUGAUAUCGUUGUCGAUGGUGGCUACACUGCAUGGUGA